AUGGCUCGUUGCUGGGGAGCGGCGGACGGAGUGGCCCAGUUCGCGUCGUGGAACACCAGGGCCUUCGCCAGCUACCAGCCGAGGCUCAUCAAGAAGAAGCUGCGCUACCUGCGGACGCACUGGCGGGGGCCAGUCGUACUUGGGAUGCAGGAGACGCACGCGGGGUUGGAGACCAUGCAGCAGCUGCUUGGUCGUUCGGCCCGAGAUUUUGUUUGCUUUGCUUCAUCACCAAUCGGAGCUCUUUCUGAUGCGGGCGGGGUAGCCACUGUCUUCCCUGCGCAGACGAGUGGCGACCGCAUCGCAUACAUCCCGUUCGACGCUGUCCCUGGCCGCGCUCUCAAGGUGUCGGCCCUCAAGUCAGGCGCUGAGCUCCGCCACUGGAACGUGCACAACCACGGCUUCACAGCGGAGGUGCGCUCUCGCCUUCUUCAACAGAUUCGAGCUGACCUCGCAUGGGCACACGCCGACCCUGCUGCCCGCGCUGCGGUGGUGGUGGGCGACUUCAACUACGGCGACGUCAUGGAGCAGGAGGUGUUCAGCGCACAGCGACGCGCCUGGCUGUGGACCUUGCUCCUGCCCGAGCGACGCACUGGCAUCAAGCUCUGGCAAUCUGCUGCGGUGUGCGGCGAGCCAAGGGAGCUACACAUCAAUGAGGUGAGCGACCACGCGAUGGUCAUCGCAUCAGUUGCGCCGAGGGCGCUGCGGCCCCGCUCGCUGGGCCCCGCCCCCAUCCCAAGAAGGCUGGUCAUGAUGCCGCGCUUCCGCGAGAUCGCGGAGCUCUACUGCGCGGAGGUGAGCUGGGACAAGCUGGCGGCGGCCAAGCUCCUGCAGUCCGAGCUGCCGGCGACGAACGGGGGCGCGAAGGGCCCCAACGCCAUGAUCUGGAGGCAACUGGCCCGUGCAUUCUGGCGCCAGGACGCUGCGCUGGCGAGGGUGGUGAUGGCGCAGAACCCCCGGGCGCAUGACGCGGUCGAACUGGGGCCGCUGGGCCAGCCGCACCAGGUGACGCUCAAGGACCCCGCCGAGUUCGAGCGCCGCUACACGUUGGCCCAGCGACGGGAGGCAACUGCAUGCAGGCGGGAGGCGCAGGAGGAAGCCGAGGCGGAGUCGGCGGAGGAGCUGCGCAAGCGCUUGAUCGCGCAAGUUCGCGCUCUCCAGCGGCGUGCACAACUGUGGGCCCCUCGGGGUGCCAGGCAGCACCUGGCCGCGGUGGACCUCCCCCAGGGCGCAGUGACCGCGCAAGAGGGCAUGGCGGAGGCGCUGGCAGCGCACUGGAAGCCUGUCUUCGACCCGCCCAAGGACGCAGCCUCCGAGAGGAGGAAGGCGAGGAUGCAGAAGCUGUACCUCGAGCGCUUCGCCACGCCGGCCCCCGAGUGGGACGCGCCCCCUCCGCCUGGCCCUGAGGCUCUGCGCCAGGCAGUGACCCGCGCUAGGCCCGCGGCGCCUGGCCCUGACGGCCUCCCCGCUGCGGCGUGGGGAGCGACGAAGCAGGGGAUAGAGAUUCUCUAUCGUGCGUCGGUCUGGCUUCGCUCGGGAUACCCGAUGAGAUCCGAUUUCAACUGCGCCAUUGGGCGCGGGCACACUCCGUGGCCGAGCUUCUGGAUUGAGCCCCCGCUAGCCUGGAACCUCCGCUGCGCGGCGGAGGCUGCGGACGAGCUUGGCCUCCUCGCCGCCCCCGCCCGCGCGGGCCUCGCCUUCCUGCGCGAUCGCCAGUCGGCACAGCAGGAGGCCUUGGCGGCGGGCAGGCCUUCCAUGUCCAUCAAGACUCAGAGGACCGUGAUGUUCAAGUUCUGCAUGCCGUCUGGGCCAGGAAGGUGGCCACUCUACCUUUUUGGCCACGGUGCAGGGUGUGAUGCAGAGGACUACCAGUAUUUUUGCCAGUUCGCAGCCACGGCGCUGAUCUAUCAGAAAUCCCCGGCGGGAUCUUUCUUCCCAGCAGACUUUGAUACUCAGGGGGAGGCGCUCGACGCCGCCUUUCUGGCGUCGAGGCUGCCCUGGCUCUCGCGGGCAGUGCCAGCGUCGCCCUUCUUCGGUAAGCUGGACGGUACCGUCGUCUUGGGCGGCCACUCCAUGGGGGGAGGUAUGAGUGUGUUGUCCGUUGGCAUGGAUGCAGCUCCUGUGAGCGGCUUGGCGGUGUUCGCGCCUGGGCUCUACACCAAACCCGACGCCACGCCUUACUUGGCCAACAUCACGGUGCCUGCACUUGUAGUGUCUGGAUCCAUGGACUGUGGCCAGAACGCUCUGGACAAGCAAGCGCAGCCAGCGUUCGAUGGACUUGGGUCCAAGACAAAAGUUCUGUUAGUGCUAAGGGGCGCAAAUCAUUGUCAGUGGACCCAGCCAUUCGAGAAGGGCUUUGGCAUCCAGCUUUGGGGAAUGAGUGCCACUCAAUCGCAAGGGCAGUGCAGCAUCAGUUAG